AUGUCUGCACCUACACAAACAACCAAUACUACAGCAGUAAAUGCUAAUGCUUCCAAUGACAGAAGACCUGUACCAGUGAAGCUUGUAUUGCUAGGUGAAUCGGCUGUUGGUAAAUCCAGUCUUGUUGUACGUUUCGUCAAUCGUGAAUACGCAGAAAACAGAGAACCCACCAUUGGCGCCGCCUUCUUGACACAAAAGUGCACAGUCGAUGAUCGCACAGUGAAAUAUGAGAUUUGGGAUACUGCAGGACAAGAGAGAUUUCAUUCAUUAGCACCCAUGUAUUAUAGAAAUGCUCAAGCAGCCAUUGUCAUGUACGAUAUCACAAAAUCUUCUACUUUGGAUAAAGCAAAAGGCUGGGUCAAGGAAUUACAGCGCCAAGCAAACUCACAAAUUGUGAUUGCCCUCGUCGGCAAUAAGCUUGAUUUAGUAGAGGGAGGCAAUGAGCAACAAGACGAUGAUGAGCAAGACGACAACAGCACUAGCAGACAAGUAACUUAUGAAGAGGCAUCUGCUUAUGCAUCUGAAGCUGGUCUCUUAUUUUUCGAGACCAGUGCUAGAACCGCUGCAAAUGUGGAUGAAGUAUUCACAGAGAUUGCCAAAAAUAUCCCUCACGAUUAUCUUGCAAACAAUAGAAAUGGAUCACGAGUUGCUGGAGGAAAUGGCAAUAAUGCAAGACUUGACCUUUUGCGUGGAGCUGGUGCCAAUGGACAAAAUUCUAGUGGAUGUGCCUGUUAA